CUUGGAUUUUGCACUCCUCCGGAUCUUUGUCCAGCCAUAGGUCAGCAGCAACCUGGAAUCUGUAAGCGUUUGAUUUAAUCAGAAUCUUUGCCUGGUCUUCUUGAGCCUGCUUCACUGGAGGAGUCUUAAACCAGGUUGGAAUCAUGCCUCUGUCUGGAACACCCGCCCCUCCUAACAAGAGGAAGAAAACUGCUAAAAUCAUCACUGACCUGUCUCAUAUCACUCAGGAUGAGUACGAGUCAGAGCCAGAGGCCUCCGAGUUUGACUUAGGAACAAAGAUUAGUACACCCAAGGAUAUCAUGCUGGAAGAACUGUCCCUUAUGAAGAACAAGGGCUCCAAGAUGUUCAAAAUGAGGCAGCUCCGUGUGGAGAAGUUUAUCUGGGAGAACAAUCCAGAUGUCUUUACUAGUGAUUCCAUGGAUAACCUCCAAAAGUUCAUCCCAAGCAUCGGGGGCCAGAUGAUGGAUGUUGGUGGACGCCUGGUUAGAGGACAGAUGGUUGGUGGAUACAUGGUUGGUCAUGCUGGUAAAGGAGGGCAGGGACCUGUACCCCCUCCCAAACCAGGAAGCCUAGGCGCCGGGGCAGGAAUUGGUGGAACUGCAGGUGGAUCUGCUAGUGGAGGGGCUGGAGAAGCCGGAGGGGCAAAAGGGAGUGCUGGCCUGUCAGUAAAUGUCUCACAGAGUGAAGAAAGUGGUAAGGCUGGGUCGAGAAAUAAAGCGGAUACGAAGGUAUAUGUAAAGACGUAUGUAUCACCCUGGGAACGAGCGAUGAAAGGCAAUGCAGAUCUUGUAGCCACCAUGAAGGCAUUCAUGCCAGGACCCUGUGCCCAUGGUGACCUGCCCAAAUACAAGAGCUUCAACAGGAUUGCCAUGCCCUUUGGUGGCUUUGAGAAAGCUUCUCAGCUAAUGACCUUCCAGCUGCCAGACAUUGAGGUGGUGGACAAUCCUGAGCCUGCAGUGGUGUACCAGCAUGAUAUAAAUUCACGGCCCUCCUUCAACCGCACUCCCAUUGGCUGGGUGGGUAGCGGAGAGACAAGCAACAUCCACAUGGAGAUGGAGACCGUGCCUUUCGAUGGGGAGACUGAUGACCUGUAAAGAGUGAACAGCACCGUCCUUCAACAGAUUAUUAUAUAUUCGCAUCGCCAACUUAUUCCAUUUAUCUUCCUCUCUUACUCUCUCGUCAUCUUACUCGAACUAAAUUACAUGGGUCACUUUGAAAAUUGGAUUUUGUUACGUUAAUGGAUUACUGAGUGUAAAAAAAAGUUAUAACGGCUUGCGCUACACACACUUGACAUUAAAUGUAUUUUUCUGCAAAAACAAUCAGCAAAUGAUCAUGAUUUAAUAGAUGAGGUUUAUGCAUGGUAUUGUAAGAAGAUUCUAAAAUUGUAAUAUGUAAAAUACAUUUGGCUUAUUAUGAUAUACAAGCAUGCAAAUACGUUAGCCUACAUUUUUGGCAUGUUGAUAAAAUAAGUAAAAUGAUUUAAAUGAAACCUCUACUUAAUAAACAUUUUAUAAAUGA